AUGGCUGAGGCAAAUGAGAUAGUCGAAGCAAUGAAAGGGCUGUUUGGAUUGGUGAGAGGGGAGUUAGCAGAAGUGAAUGGGGAGCUGGCAGCAAUUAGGGAGGAGAUGGCCUGGCAGAAUGAGCAGGUGUCGAUGCUGGAGGAGAGGAAUGAAGUUUUGGGGGAUGAGGUGAAUGAGCUGAGGCGUGCACUGGGAGCUGUGGGCGAGAGGAGUGACUUGGCAGCAUUAAAGGAAGAGCUGGCUGCAGUGAAGGGGGAGCUGGCAGCAGCAAGGGGGGAGUUGGCUGAGCAAAAGAAGUCCACUACUUUCCAGUUGGAAGAGGCUGAGAGGAGACGAGUGGGGGGGAUGCGGGAGAUGAGAGGGCAUGUGGAGAAGAGGGAGAGAGAGGUGGCAGCAGUGAAGGGGGAGGUGAGUGCAGUGAAGAUGAAGCUCACAGAACACAAGAAUGAUAUUGCAGAGAAGUUGGCCAGAGUGGAGGCGGUCGGAAGAUAG